ACAGGAGAUAUUGACGCUCUAAGCGGAUAAAUUAAAUCCGGUACACUCAAACGUAUUAAUACUUAACUGGAAUCAAUACCGAAACAUCAUGAGCCGUCUCGGGACACAGAAGAGCGGCUCGCGAUUACUGAAGGGAUGUUCACGGAGCGUGUCGUUAAUUUUGGAACAGCGUACGGAGACUUGGUCUUUUUGGUUUGAAGGUGUCGUUUUUUUCAGUGCUAAAUGCGCUGAUGAGGGUGAGAGCUUCCCGAAAGCCGUGAGACAUGAAAGUAAAGCGACCGGGAAAGUCGCGGACUCGGAGCUGAACUCUCCCGCGUGUGGGGUGAAUGAGAAUCGCCUUGUAAAUGUGGUGAAGCGGAGCGCGCACUUUCGGUUUUUCUCACAAACCUCCACAUCUGCCGAGGUUAUAGAUUCCAGCUUUAGCGGGGGUCAGAGCCCUCUUACCAAGGGCAAAGUUAAAGGGAUUAUUCACCGACAAGGAAAUACAAGGAAGGCGAUGACGAGGAAAGCGAAGUGCGGGAUGUGGGGUUGGAUUUUUGCUCUUGUGUUCUUCUGGAAUACCCACAUGUUGCGCGCUCAAGACAUCGCUCCGUACUUUAAAACCGAGGCAGGGGGUGCACAGACACACCUGGAGGGGAACAGACUCGUGCUCACCUGUCUGGCUGAGGGUAGCUGGCCGCUGGAGUUCAAAUGGAUGAGAAACAGCACAGACAUCACUAAAUACACACCAGAGUACAGGUACACGAUUACAUCGUUAAAGCGUGAGGAUGCAGGUGUAUAUCAGUGCGCGGUGAGGAAUAGGAUGGGAGCGCUGAUCCAGACAAGAGCUGAUGUUCGCGUGGCUUACAUGGAUAACUUUGCUGAACUGGAACAGAGAAAAACGGUCUCUCAGGCAAGGGCCGCUGUCUUGAAUCCUCCCGCUGUGACCAGUUACCCUCGCCCUCAGGUCACAUGGUUCAGAGACGGCUUCAAGAUCAUGCCAAACCAUCGAGUGUAA